GGUUGAGCAUACAGAUCACGAGUCCACUUUGCUGCAUGAGAAAUAGUUCCAAAAAAUCCAAAUGAGAAUGAGAACAGCACCCGAUGCUGAAAUCCAAACCCUUGGCGCCACCACGUCAUACCCCCCACUCCUCGCCGGAGGCCCAGCCGCCGGCGCCCGGGCCCUCCUACCCUCCGCCUCCGUGCCGCCACCGCCAUGGCGGGAGCAGCUCACCCUCCGGGGCGUCGCCGUCGCGGCGGCGCUGGGCUCGCUGCUCUGCCUGGUGAUCCACCGCCUCAACCUCACCGUCGGGGUCAUCCCGGCCCUCAACGUCGCCUCCGGCCUCCUCGCCUUCUUCCUCACCACCGCCUGGCGGGCCGCCGCCGGGAGGCUAGGGUUCGGCCGCAGGAGCCCGUUCACCAGGCAGGAGAACACCGUCAUCCAGACCUGCGCCAUCGCGUGCGGCGGCCUCGCGUUCAGCGGGUGCUCGGCAUCGUACAUCUUCGCGAUGGAUAGGAGGACGUAUGAGCUCGUCGGGCCUGACUAUCCGGGUAACCGAGUGGAAGACGUCAAAGAUCCCUCGCUUGGUUGGAUGAUCGGUUUCCUGUAUCUCAUUGCUCUUCUCGGGCCAUUUGCUAUUGUCAUGCUACGAAAGGUAUUGGUGGUUGAUUACAAGCUUGCAUUUCCUGGUGGGACAGCUACAGCUCUGAUGAUUAAUAGCUUGCAUGGAGAAAAAGAGGCUGAUGUUACAGGAAAGAAAGUCCGUUGCCUUGUAAAGUACAUGAGCCUGAGUUUUGCCUGGAGCUUCUUUAAGUGGUUCUUUAGUGGUGUUGGUGACUCUUGUGGUUUUGACAAUUUCCCAACAUUUGGAGUUGCAGCUUUUAAGAACACGUUUUAUUUCAACUUCAAUCCCAGUUAUGUUGGGUAUGGUCUUAUUUCUCCCCAUAUUGUUAACUGCUCAGUUUUUCUUGGGUCAGUCAUAUCAUGGGGUUUUCUUUGGCCAUUUAUCGCUAAGCAAUCUGGUGAUUGGUACCCAGAUAACCUUAGUAGCAGUGACUUCAGAGGCCUAUAUGGUUACAAGGUUUUUGUAGCCAUUUCCAUCAUACUUGGAGAUGGCCUCUACAACUUGGUAAAAAUCUUUGUUGUCAUUGCAAGAGAAAUCUGUAUUGUGCAAUUAAAAAAAGGUGAUCAGCCUGUUCAAGCUCUUCAAGAUAAUAAGAACUCUAGACAAUCAAGGGAUGAUGAGCUUCAAAUUGAGAUGUUCUUCAAAGAUAGGAUACCCACACGGUUUGCUGUUUCUGGUUACAUUGUACUUGCAGCAAUAUCCACCGCAGCUGUGCCCACCAUAUUUCCCCAGCUGAAGUGGUAUCUUGUGCUUGUCUGCUACUUACUUGCUCCGGCCAUUGCCUUCUGCAACUCCUACGGGAUGGGCCUCACAAACUUGAACCUUGCACCCACCUAUGGCAAGAUUGCCCUCUUUAUAUUCGCCUCGCUUGUCGGCAGCAGCGAUGGUGGCGUCAUUGCCGGCCUUGCAGCAUGUGGCAUAAUCAUGUCCAUUGCCUGCUCUGCGGCAGAUCUGAUGCAGGACUUCAAGUGCGGCUACCUCACCCUCUCUUCACCACGCUCAAUGUUCAUCUCCCAGCUAACUGGCGUCGUGCUCGGAUGCGUCAUUGCUCCGCUCACACUGUGGCUCUUCUGGGUGGCCUUCGAUAUCGGCGACCCUGAUGGCGAGUACAAGGCUCCGUUCGCCAUCAUCUUCAGGGAGAUGGCCAUUCUUGGGGUCGAAGGUGUUGCCGCUCUGCCCCAGCACUGCCUCGAGAUCUGUUGUGCAUUCUUCUUGGCCGCGUUGGCCAUCAAUCUCCUUAGGGAUGUGACGCCCGCCAGUGCGUCGAGGUUUAUCCCCAUACCGAUGGCGAUGGCUGUGCCGUUCUACAUUGGUGCUUUCUUCGGCGUGGACAUGUUGAUUGGGACGGUAAUCUUGUUCGUGUGGCAGAAGUUGAACCGGAGGGGUGCUGAUGAUUAUGCGGUGGCAGUGGCGUCCGGGCUGAUCUGUGGGGAUGGGAUAUGGAGCAUUCCAUCUGCUGUUCUGUCCAUCCUGAGAAUUGAUCCACCGGUCUGCAUGGCCUUCAGGCCGUCCUCUGCCUUUUCCAGGUGAGAAGAUGGACCCAAGGCUCAUUCUAGGACAUGGAUUUGUGCCAUUGAGUGAUGAAUCUCUGUAAUUUCAUACGUACAGAUGUGCAUCAUUUUACUCCUGUACAAAGGAAAACGAACCACAGCACUUUGGAGCCAUAUUGCUCCUAACCAACUGUACCAAACGUCGCGUUACACACAUCCACUGUCUUCCAUCUGUCUUUCGGGGCUUCCAUGUUUCACUAGUCAUUAUGCCGAAAGUAUCCUUGUUCAUAUGUAUAUUUGUUUUAUCUUUUUUUUGUGGGUAGUAUAUUUGUUUUAUCUCAAGUCAAACUUUGUAUAACUUUGAUUAAGUUUAUAGAAUAUAUUUUCAUAUGGUA